AUGUACGCCGUAGGCACCCAGCCCUCUCUGGUCUCGUCCAGCGACUUGGCCAACGACCACCCGGCUCCCUGGUCCUGUAAAAUGUACAUGAUCGUGUCCUUGGUGACCGGGAACUCUGAGGCCGACCCGGAGCCAGGGAAGUCGUACGCGGCCUUGAACGUUGGCCAUUUCGGCUUGGCCGCAGCAGGAGGUGGAGGCGGCGGAGGCGGAGGCACCUGCGCAGCGGCCACGGGCUGA